CGAUAGCAGGGGUUUGAAGAGGUAUAGAAUCUUUCUUAUAUUACUGUGCGACUGGUCAAGAACAGCCUGCCAGGUGUCUGAUCAAGAAAUGAAUUUCCAGCCAGAAUACGUCGUCUAAGAAUCGGGCCGCCCUAUAUUCACAUUCUCCCACGUCUGCGGGCACACUGAGUAAAAUCGCAACAGGCUUCAGACGUCACUCUGGGGCCCUCCUACACUCGCUGCCGUCAAGGACCACAGCAAAAACAUCAUGCCUGACCUCCAUCCUUUCGGUGGUCGAAUGAGCAGGCAUUUUGGGAGAUCGGUGCGUCGCAUUCUUUGCUUGCACCUGCCACUUUUAUACCUCGCCUCUCUUGCCCUUCAUCGCCUUCGGCCAGCCAGUGUACCAGUGUUCAACUCGCAUGAAUCUAGCUGACCACCAUGGCGCCAAAGCUCGCUCCCGAGGAUGCCUACCUCAGCUACUAUGAUGUUCGACGUCAGUGCCCGUCCUCUCCCUCUGUAGCCCAUGACUGAGACCGAGACAGUGACGCGAGAGGAUAUAUCUGUGUUGAAGAAUGACUGGUUAACAGACAAUGUCAUCGCUUUCUGGGAAGAGUAUGGCACUCUCAAGAUGUGGCAGAAGGAUCGUGACACCUGACGAGAUGGCACCACAGAUACCUGGAACGAGAGUACCUGAUAAACUUCAAGCACUCUCAUAUCGUUCUGCUACGACCAACCAUGUCAUUUAUGCUGAUGCAGACACCCGAUCCGCGGACGAUAAAGGACGCACUACCCGAUUUCACAGAUAUCACACACAUCUUCCUCCCCAUAAACGACAACCACUCGGUGACGGUCGCAGAAGGCGGAACUCACUGGUCCUUGCUCCUCGUUUCCAUCGUCGACGGUGUUGCCUUUCACUACGAUUCGAUGCCUCCGGGAAAUCAAUACGAAGCACAUCAUGUCACCCAGAAGCUUUCCAAACUCAUCAACAAGCCCCUACGCUUCAUCCAUCUGCAGGAUAGCCCCCAGCAGGACAACUCUUCAGACUGUGGAGUGUUUGUCUGCCUGAAUAUGCGACAUUUACUGCUUAAGAGAUUACUCAUGGUCAGGACUGACUCGAAAGUGAGUAUGAGUCUAGGAGGUAGGACGGUAGACGCGACCGCCGGCAGGAAGGAGAUGCUACGAAUAAUCGAUGAGUUCAGACGAGAGGGAGAGAGAAGGCGAUCAACGAGCAACUCACCACAUCCAGGCCGGAAGUCAAAGAGUCCGCCGAGGAUAGAUUCGCCCAGAAGUCGUGAAGCAUGAUGAUGGUGGAACUUUGGUGCAUGACAGAUUCACGAUGUGUAUGAUGAAUGGGCAUGAUUUGCGUCGGCGUUCUUCUUGCGGGGUGAUAUUUCAUACAGACCGAUCCGGUGUUCCGAUCUGUUGAGAUCCGUUCACAGAAUCAGAAAGAGAUUCAACAGGGGAGGAGUUUUAUACAAGCCAAAGCAAUAGGAGGCGGGAUAUGGUGGCAUUACACUUGAAGUACUGGUAGCGAUCUAGGCCCAUCGCUGACGAGGCCUGAACUCAGAGCUCAAUUGCGACCUUCGAGCUUUACCGUUCCUAGCUUUUCUGCUAGAUGGCAGGAAAUGGCUGACGACGUGUUCAAAAAACAGCUGCGCUUCUUGCUCAUCGGCUCGAUGUGAAUUGUUGCUGUGGCAGAGUCAUACGGCGGCAAGACCUCUGCUUGUGGACGCCGAGAUGCAAGAAGUGUGAAACUAGGGAGUGAGAAUAGCACUGUCCGAGCAGUUGGACGGUUUCAGUACCUACAUGAAUGACCUAUAGGUUGUUGCAUCGUGGACGAUUAAGAUCUAUCAGAUUCAUGCCCUUGGUCACUCCAGGAAUG